AUGGCGGCGAAUGAUGAGAUCAGUGUCGAAGAGUACAGCUAUGACGAAGAGGAGGAGGAGGACGAGUCGGAGUGGUCGUACUACACAGAGACCGAUGAAGAAGAGCCAGCUGCCCCUCAGCUUCAAGAAGCUUUUCCCAAGCUGAAGGACGAGAAGAAAAAGGAGGAUGAGAAAAAGCCCGAGAAAGAGCGAGCUAAAAUGCCGGCUCCUGUAAAGCAAGAUGAGGCGAGCGAGGAGGAUGAGGACGAAGAGUGGUCAGACGAAGAAUGGUCCUACUACACCGAUGAGGAGUCCGAAGAAGAAGUCGCACCAAUUGGCGAUUCCAAAAAAGACGACGCCAAGUUCCCGAAGCUCAAGGACGCGGCCGAGCCGGAAGUGGAGGUCAAGCUCGCUCUCCCCAAAAAGAAUGAAAAGAAACCGCUAAAACUCAAAGUUGAUGAGGAGCCCGAAGUCGACGCCGCUUUUUCCCUACCCGUGAAAAAGCCAGAGGCGAAGAAAGAUGAGCCAGAAUCGAGCUUCAGCUUCAAGCCCAAGACUGAGCCUGUGAAGCCAGCUGAGGCUCCGGUGAAGAAGGGAAAACCUGCCCCCUUGAAUAUUCCAGCUUCAGCCUCGACGAAGUUGCCGGAGCCUGACAAGCCGAAACCGGAAGAGCCGAAAGAGCCACCCAUGGUGUUCUACGGUGAAAGCUUCACCCUGGCUGAGCCUAAAGCAAAGAAGCCUGAGCCUAAGAAAGUCGAGCCUGCCAAGCCGACUCCAAAACUUGCUUCAAAACCCUCUGAGGACGAGGUCCCAUGUGAGGAGAUCGGAAAACCGGCCGCCAAGAAGGAGCCGAAGAUUGCGUUCAAGGAACCGGAAAAAGCAGCUGCAAAGCCGGCAGCAAAGCCGGGUGAAGCUGCUUCAAAAGACCCAAAAACUGCUCUGACGACAAAGCCUGGAGAUCUGAAGAAACCGGAAGUGACCGGGACUACGAAGCCACUUGCCAAGCCGGCUUCAAAAGCUCCGUCCAAGCCAAGUUUCGAUGAGGAGAUUCCGAUCCGAGCGCAGAAGAGCCCAAGAAGCCGGCCGCUGCUGAACCCGCCAAGCCUGCUACGCCAGCCAAACCUGGAGACUCUGAAAUCCCGGCUAAACCACUUGGUGCCCCGCCCAAGAAAAUCACACCUGCGCCGAAGUUCAAGGACCCAAGUGCAGAAGAGCCCAAGAAGCCGGCCGCCUGCUGUACCGGCCAAGCCAGCUGCUGCAAAACCGGUCGCGAAGCCAGCUACACCAGUCAAGCCCGGAGAUUCUGAAGUCCCGGCUGAACCACUUGGUGCGCCACCUAAGAAGGUUACUCCAAUCCCGAAGUUCAAGGAUCCGAGCGCUGAAGAACCCAAGAAACCUGCAACCGCUGCACCGGUGAAGCCAGCUGCUGCAAAGCCGGUCGCUAAGCCAGCUACACCAGCUAAGCCCGGAGACUCUGAAAUCCCCGCUGAACCGCUGGGCUCGCCGCCGAAGAAGGUUACUCCGGCCCCCAAGUUCAAGGACCCGAGUGAGGAACCUAAGCCUGCUGCUGCAAAACCGGCUGCUGCUAAACCAGCCGCUAAGCCUGCCACCCCAGCAAAACCGGGAGACAAGGAAACACCUGCUGAACCCCUUGGUGCAGCACCGAAGAAAACGACUCCACUUCCGAAGUUCAAGGAACCAAGCGAGGAGCCGAAGCCUGGGGUUGAAGCCAGCCUCAAACGCGCCCGCUCUGCCAAGCCUGGGGAUAAAGAAACACCGGCUGAACCACUUGGUGGCCCGGCUAAAAAGGUGGCGCCCGCGCCGAAGUUCAAAGACCCGACCGCGGAAGAGCCUAAAAAGCCGGCAGCUGCGACCCCAGUAAAGCCAACAGCUGCCAAGCCUGUGCCCAAGCUUAAGCUACCUGAAGAUGAGGAACCUACUGAGGAAGUGAGUAUUCCAUUGCCAAAGAAGGCGGUAGCGCCAGUGACGAAGGCACCAGUAAAAUCAGCUGAACCAGCGAAGCCAGUAGCUGCAACGCCGGCCAAACCAGCAGCGGCCAAGCCUACAGAACCAGUGAAGCCUGCAGCCGCCACUCCAGCCAAACCUGCAGCCGCAAAACCUGCUGCACCAAAAGCACCCCUCAAGCUUAAGCCAAGUUCAGAUGAUGAAGAACCGGCUGAGGAAGUCAGUAUCCCAUUACCGAAAAAACCGGUCGCGCCGGUGACAAAAGCUCCAGUGAAGCCGGCUGUUGCCAAGCCGGGCGAUAGUGAAGCCCCAGCUGAUCUACUUGGGGGCCCCACAGCGAAGAAACCGGUGCCCAAGUUCAAGGAUCCCAGUGAGGAGCCGAAGAAGCCGGCAGCUGCUACACCGGCCAAACCAGCUGCCGCAACCCCGGCGAAACCUGCUGCUGUCCCGGUCAAGCCCGUAACUGCAGCACCAGCUAAGCCAGCCUCCAAAGCACCGCUCAAGCUCAAACCCACUUCUGACGAUGAGGAACCGGCUGAAGAGAUUAAUGAUGAAGAACCAGCGGAAGAGGUCAGCAUCCCGUUGCCGAAGAAGCCUGUAGCUCCGAUGACGAGAGCACCUGUGAAGCCUUCGGAUUCUGAAAAUCCAGCAGAUCUACUUGGAGGUCCUACAGCCAAGAAACCGGCACCGAAAUUCAAGGAUCCAAGCGAGGAACCGAAGAAGCCGGCAGCUGCUGCUCCAAUCAAGCCUGGUACCGCGGCCCCAGCCAAGCCAGCUGCUAAACCUGUUCCAAAGCUCAAGCUGCCCGAAGAUGAGGAACCUGCUGAGGAAAUCAGCAUCCCACUUCCUAAGAAACCCGUAGUCCCGGUGACUAAAGCUCCAGUGAAGCCUGCUGAGCCCGCAAAACCUACAGCGGCCAAACCGGUUGCCGCUCCCGCUAAGCCUGCAGCUGCUACUCCGGCCAAGCCGACUGAGCCUGCCAAGCCCACUACGAAACCAGCGGCAGCGAAGCCUGCACCAAAAGCCCCUCUAAAGCUGAAACCGACUUCAGACGAUGAAGAGCCGGCUGAGGAAGUGAGCAUCCCAUUGCCUAAGAAGCCGGUCGCACCGGUAACCAAAGCUCCAGUCAAGCCUGCGCCGAAAAAGCCAGGAGACAGCGAAGACCCAGCUGACUUGCUUGGUGGACCCACAGCCAAGAAACCGGUGCCCAAGUUCAUGGAUCCGAGCGAGGAACCAAAGAAGCCGGCCGCAGCGCCUGCUGCAAAGCCCGCAGCAAAACCUGCACCGAAAGUCAAACCUGCGGACGACGAUGAGGAGCCAGAAGCCGACGCAACAGUACCCUUGCCCAAGAAAGCAGCGCCAAAGAAGAAGCCGAAGGACUCGGACGACCCGGCUGAUCUGGUUGAUGCUCCCGCCAAGCAAAAGCCCGCACCAAAGUUCAAGCCAGCGGAGGAUGACGAGGAACCGGAAACCGAUGCCACGAUUCCGUUGAAACCGAAAAAGAAGGCUGCCCCGAAGAAGAAAGAUCCGGAAGAUGAAGAGCCCGAGGAUGAGGACGCUGACGAAGAUGAGGAAGAACCGGAAGAGGGAGAUGAAGAAGAACCGAUGGAAGAUGAGGAGGAGCCGGAAGAGCCCAAAAAGAAGAAGAAGAAGCCGAAGGAGAAGAAAAAGAAAGAGCCCAAGCCCAAGAAGGAGAAGAAACCGAAGGAACCAAAGAAGCUCAAGUGGUGCCCACCGCCGAAGCCGCCGCCAGAAGCGAUACCUUUGAACACCGAGCCCUUGAUAAAGUCGAUUAUUGAACGGAAUCGGGAGCCGGAUGCGGAACGGCCGACGAAGAGAUACUUGAGAAAACCGCAGCAUACCGACGUCGCCAUUCCAUUCGUGAUCCCGUGGGAACAAACGCCAGCCCUGGAAACUCAAGCCGGAAUGGGUGCCUUCGGCCAACCUCGAAUGGAAAAUGUCAAGGUUGACCAUGGCGAGAAGCCGUUGAAAGAGGGCGCCCUCAAGUCCGAGACCGUACUCCCGAUGUGGAACGAUGAGACCAAGUUUGCGCAUAGAACUGGUGAGAAUCCGUUUGGAUCAGUGCGAGGGAACUUGCCAGAUAUCGUGGAUCACCACGAGUAUAAAGUCAGUCCGGAGAAGAUGCGGUUAACGGAAGGCGUGAUACCUUACGUAAAUCGGGGCAUCAACGUUCAUCAAGGCGACAUACCCUCGUAUGGCCAGUUGAGGACACAGACGGGUAACGUCGACUGGGCCAAGCUGAAACCUGGAAUGGACAAGAAAUCGAAUGGGUUCAUCUCGAAGCAAUUCAAAUCUAACGCUACGACAAAGGCUGGAAGUAAUGUGAUGGAUCGGAGACGGAAUGGGGCAACAUUCAUGGAAUAUGACAAGCAGAGCGAGUGCUUCAUCCCGAUCCUCUUCGACAAUUUGGGCUGCCAGAUGAAGGAGGGCGCGGAGUUUGGCUCUUUCCGCCCGAUGUACACCCCAUCGACCGGCGGCUGGCCAAUGUCGUGGGAUGAGGAGAAGAAGUGCAGGAUGGCUGUGCCUUUCCAGAUCUCCGGCCACCUCAACCUCCCGAAAGCCAAAAAGUCGCCGAUCACCAAGACUAUCACGAAAAAGCCCAAGAAACCUGUACAGAAAGCCAGGAAAGCC